AUGCUAAAGUAUAGCCCAAAGUCUACCCUUGACCCUGACCUUGAGCAUAUGUUGCGACCAAUAUUUGGCAGUAGAAGACAGGAGAAAGGCCAUGGCCAGGGGCGAGACAAGGUCAGCAGGAAGGUGACUGUAGCUGUCGUGUUGCUUGUGGACUGUGCUUCUCAUCUUGACGAGAUCCAGCAGAGCUGUGAGGUGGAUGAUGGCGUUGCUGGUGUCUGCUGUCCUGUGUCUGAGGCCGCUGCUGGUUCUACAACCACACGUGUCACCACCAGGGGAAUUUUCUCUCCUGCAAGUGUCAGUGCCAGUCUACCGUCGCUGGACUCCAGCAAGAUGGCGCAGUCUUUAAAUGCUGGACUCAACCGUUCAGCAUUGUUUAAUCAGGUGGAGGAGAACCUUAUCGAGUAA